AAAUAACUGGCAUUCGUUCAGAGACUCUUUCUGUGCCUCAAGAAAUCAAAGCAUCUCAGCUGUGGAAAGAGAUAGAAGCUCAUCAUCCUGGAUUGGCUGAUGUUAGAAAUCAGGUGAUAUUUGCUGUUCGUCAAGAAUAUGUCGAGCUCGGAGAUCAGCUCCUCCUGCUUCAACCAGGAGAUGAGAUCGCCAUCAUCCCCCCCAUUAGUGGAGGGUAGCACUGUUGAACAAUCUAGGAAAGAAGUGGAUGAAGUUGAAGAGAAACCUAAAGAUAUAAUAAAGUUCACUGCUGAGAAACUUGCAGUAGAAGAAGUCUCACGCCUUGUGAUCUCUCCCCUUUGUGGUGCGAUAUCUCUUUUUGUAGGAACGACAAGAAAUAACUUUGAGGGAAAAAAAGUCAUUAGCUUGGAAUAUGAAGCUUAUUUACCAAUGGCAGAGAAUGAAAUCAGAAAAAUAUGUAGUGAUAUUAGGCAGAAGUGGCCAGUUAAACACAUAGCAGUGUUCCAUAGACUUGGGAAAUGUAUGAAGAAUCAUCAUCAUCUUGGAAAACAAACAAAGAAUGUUUUUGGGCCAACAAUAAGUAGUCACAUUUGUAGAACACUCAAUAUUAAAUUUGGCAAACUUAUUGCUGCUCACAUUUUGAUUUUUCUUUUCUACAAAUGAAGAUGAUUCAUUGAUGCAUCAUCACUGAGGUGAUGUCAGCUCACUGACAUCAAAUUGGAGAAAAAGGAAGCAAAUGGAUUGAUGUGGGUGAUGAGGGGGACAGGAUAUUGAAGUGUAUUUGAGUAUAUUUACAUAUAUUGAAAUCAAUAGGAUUGAUGUCUAUAGGUGUGUCUUUCCAUGACUGACUUCUGAUUGUCUCAGCUCAGGCUGAGGUGUGGUCUCUCCCAUUCUUAUGUCUCAGAGAGUAUGUCCCCCACCCCAGAUCAACUUUGUUAUCAGACUUGAUAUUGUAUAUUAAAUAUUUUUCAGAACUUAUAUAGUUUAGAAAAUAAACCCUUGAAUUCAGGAAGCUUAAAAAUAAGCCAUGCACCAGUAUCUCACACCUGUAAUCCUAGCUACUCGGGAUACUGAGAUCUGAGGAUCCUCUGGCAGAGAAAUCCAUUAGACUUGUAUCUCCGAUUAACUAGCAGAAAGCCAGAAGUGGAGGUGUGGUGCCACUUGACGCCUUGAGUUCAAAUCCUACUCUACUGACACCAAAAAAACUUUAAAAAUAGUAUUUUUUUGCUCCUUAAAAUUUGGUUAUAAUUGAUAAAAUAUUUUAUUUAUAAAGUCUUCUAGUAUUUUAGACCCAUAAUUGUACCAUAAUAGUUUUCAUAUUUUUAUUAGGUAUUAAUAUGGUAUCAAUAUACAAAUUAGCAUACAGGUAUGAAACUAGUAAUAUAUGGUUUUUGUGUAAAAAUAUUAGUUGAUGUUUAAAAUUUGACCCACACCUGUUUAAAGAAAUUAUGUUAAGGAAAUGAAUAUAAAAUUAUAUUAUUUAUUAAAGCAUUUUCAGAAAAUUUUCCUUUGGAUAUUUAUGCAACAUUAUCAUUAUUGAAGCCACAAAUAGUUAAUUUUCCAAGGCUUUCCAUUUCCUUACAAAUGGGGCGGUGUCAUUCUUUCUGAUGGAAGCAUAGAA